GGACAAAAGCCUACUGAGGAUCCCGAUCCCCCGGAAUUAUUAAUAACGUCAUUUAUCCGAGAUCUGUUCAAAUUGGAAAUCUAUAAAUACUCGACAAUGUCCCUAACGAAAACCACACAGCAAAGACCUCUAAUUCCAAUUUCUUCGCAGUUACACCCUCCACACCAAAUCCCAAUACAGCGCAGAUAGAACCACAAUGUCAAAAGGUAGCGCAGCCCUCCUCGCCGCCCUGGCUAACCGGCGAUCCUACUACGCGCUCCGCCGCGAAUCACCCAUCUCGGACAGCAAAAUCCAGUCCAUCCUCGGCUCAGUAAUGCACAAAACCCCGUCCGCAUUCAACUCCCAAACCACGCGCACAAUCCUCCUCCUCAACCAAGAACAUGAGAAACUCUGGAACAUCACCAAAGACGUAUUAUUGGCGCGCAUCGGACCCGAGGCAUUCAAGCAGACGGGACCGAAGCUGGACGGGUUUAAGGCGGCAUAUGGCACCGUGUUGUUCUAUGAAGACCAGCCUGUGAUUGAGGAUCUGAAGGCGAAGUUUCCCCUCUAUGCGGAGAACUUCGAGCCUUGGUCUGAGCAUACGAGUGGGAUGCAUCAGUUGAUGGCUUGGGUAGCGUUGGAGGAGGAGGGGUUCGGGGCUAACUUGCAGCAUUACAAUCCUAUCAUUGAUGAGAAGGUUGCGGCGAAUUGGAAUGUGCCGGCGAGUUGGAAGUUAAGGGCGCAGCUGGUGUUUGGUGUCCCCGAGGGGGAGAGGCCGGCGGAGAAGGAGAAGAAGGAGCUGGGGGAGUUGAUGAGGGUUUAUGGGGCCAAGAUUUGAGGUUCGUUUGAGACGGUCUGUUUGAGCGAUGGUUUAAGACCAGACGCAAUAGAAGUAUAGAAGUAUAGCACAGCGAAUAGAGGUUGUGAAUUUGAAUAGAAGAGAGUUAUUUGAAACCCAUGACACUUUACUAUUUUUGACCAGGAUCGGUUUGUUAUAUGAGACAUUUCACGAUCAAGCGCCACCUCCACCAAGUGCGCCAAUGGCUCCCAACGUUGCCGUCUUCCCCAAGCCUAAAUCCGUGCUUCUAUACAUGGUAGGCGGCAUCCAGGCUGCUAGUUCAUCCGCUUUAGCCUCGCUACUCUCAGCCGUCUCAGACCAAGCCCUCAAAACCCACAGUGCAACCAGUGCAUCUCUCAUAUCCUGGUUCAUAGAUGCCGUAAC